AUGGCUGAAGCCGGCUGGAGCGGCGGCGGGGAGUUGGGCCCGGGCGCGCUCAGGCAGCGGCGGCGGGCUCGGCUCCGGGAGCCCGCGGCGGAGCCGGAGGAGCCGCCGGCCGGAGCGGUGCUGUCGCUCAGCCACUUCUGCCGCUCGCCCUUCCUGUGCUUCGGCGACGUGGGCCUGGGGGCCUCGCGGACGCUGCCGCUCACGCUGGACAACCCGAACGCCGAGGUGGCCGAGGUGCGCGUCUCGCGCUUCCCCGCGCCCGAGCGCGGCUUCAGCCUCUCGCAGCGCCUCUUCGUGCUGCAGCCUAAAGAAAAAAUGGUCAUUUCUGUUAACUGGACACCACUUGAAGAAGGACGAGUAAGAGAGAUUGUAACUUUUCUUGUAAACGAUAUUUUGAAACACCAGGCUAUAUUACUUGGAAAUGCAGAAGAAAAGAAAAAGAAAAAGAGGAGUCUCUGGAAUACCGUUGGUAAGAAGAAAGUUCCAGCUGCUUCAAGUCAUUAUAAGAAACUUUCAUCCUCUUCAGAUCACAAGAGAAAUUCAAAUGCUCACAGUAUUAAUAAAACAUUUGAUGUUUCCCAAAAAGUUGGCAGAGUUAGGAGUCCUUUACAAGCCUGUGAAAAUGUGGCUAUGAAUGAAGGUCAUUCCCCACCAGAAAACAAAUCUUCAAUCCUAGAAAUGAACAAAACCCUCUCACCAGUUAGCCCCGUUUUCAAAGAGAAUGGGGAGAAUCACGUGCCACUGUCAGAAUAUCUGGGUACCUCUUACACAGUUCCUUGUGCAUCCAAAAAUGAAGAACACUUGGAAGGAAAAGGUGCCAACAUUUUGCAAGAUUUUAAUUUUAGUGACAAGGUGGUAUCUGAAACUGCCUUUAAUUCAAUGAAUAAUAUAAAGAACCAAAUUGAAGAGGAUGCUAAACUGACCCUUUUCCCCAACUGUUCUUCAACUUUGAACAUUACACAAAGCCAAGGACAUUUUCUAAGUCCAGAUUCCUUUGUAAAUAACAUGCACGCAGCUAACAAGGACCUAGAAUUAAUAACUUUUUCUUUAGAUACAUUUAUGAAAGAUAAUGCAAAGCCUGGGCAUUUGGAGUCAAACACUCGAGUAUGUCGGACAAUUUUAAGUCCAGACUCUUUUAUAAAUGAUAGUUAUGAGAUAGAUCCAGUUCUGGAAUCAGAGUCAGUUGCUCCCAUCCUGUCCCCAAACCAAUUUUUAAAGGAUAACCUGGUAUAUUUAUGUGAAUCUCCACAAACAUGUACAUUCUCACCAUUAUCAAAUGAAAAUUCUCAGGAUCCAAGAAAAAAUGAAGUUUUGCCUUGUAUUCCUGAAUGUCAGAAUUCAGAAUCUCCCAAAAUUAUGUUUGAAGAGUCCAAAGGAACAAAAUUGACAUCAACAUAUCCUCAGUCCACAAAACCAGAACAACCUAAAUUAUUUACAGCUCAGGAUAUUUCUAGUAACAACCAUGAUAAAUAUCUGAAGAGACGCCCAAUACUUUGUUCUACGGUUACGAAAAAGAAGCCUGGUUGUGUGGGAGAAAGGCAAAUUGAGCCCAAUAAACCAAAGGCAAAAAGAUGUCUCAAUGAUACAGUCGAGGAAUUAAAAUGUAUAAGAGAGAAUCAGCAUGAGAGAGGUGCUUCCCACUGGAAUCUUCCAAUUAUAGAUCCAUUGUUAAGUAAAUCUAGGACUUAUAAAAAUGAAAGAAGCCCUUCCUCCAAGAUAGCUUCAGUUGUUCGUAAGAGGAAGAGUGAAGGAAACAUGGAGAAUGCAAACCUGAGGAGUGUAAUUAGAGGACACAUUGCCGACCAAGAACCCAAAAGAAUUCAUUUUUCUCCUGAGCCUUCUAAAACGUCAACUGUAAAGAAAAUGAAAAAGGCAAAAACACCCCUCUCAAAAUGUGUUAGCAGUAGAGAGAGAUCAAGCAUCAAGAAGAAAACUGAGUUAUUAGCAUACAGAACUCCUCAUUCUAAAAGAAGCAAAAAGACGAAGUCUGUUAUUGCAGUGGCACAAUCCACUUUGACUUUCAUCAAACCAAUAAAGGCAGAUAUUCCUAGACACCCAAUGCCGUUUGCUGCGAAAAACAUGUUCUAUGAUGAACGCUGGAGGGAAAAGCAGGAACAGGGCUUCACAUGGUGGUUAAAUUUCAUAUUGACUCCUGAUGACUUCACUGUGAAAACAAACAUUUCUCAAGUCAAUGCUGCCACCCUUCUCUUGGGAGUGGAGAAUCAACAUAAAGUAAGUGUUUCUAGAGCGCCUACGAAAGAGGAAGUAUCACUUAGAGCUUACACUGCUCGCUGCAGACUGAACAGGUUGCGGCGUGCUGCCUGUCGCCUGUAUACUUCUGAAAACAUGGUGAAAGCUAUUAAAAAGCUGGAGAUUGAAAUUGAAUCCAGGCGGUUAAUGGUUCGAAAAGACAGACAUCUCUGGAAAGACGUAGGAGAAAGACAGAAAGUCCUGAGUUGGCUGUUGUCAUAUAAUCCUUUGUGGCUCCGGAUUGGCCUAGAGACAGUUUACGGAGAACUUAUAUCUCUUGAAGACAAUAGUGAUGUCACAGGGUUGGCUGUGUUCAUUGUAAAUCGCUUACUUUGGAAUCCUGAUAUCGCUGCUGAGUACAGACACCCUUCUGUUCCUCAUCUGUAUGGAGAUGGUCAUGAAGAAGCUUUAUCUAAGUUUACAUUGAAAAAGUUACUGCUGUUGGUUUGUUUCCUUGAUUAUGCUAAAAACUCCAGACUUAUUGAUCACAAUCCUUGUCUCUUCUGUAAAGAUGCUGAAUUUAAGACAAGUAAAGAGAUUCUUCUGGCUUUUUCACGAGACUUCCUGAGUGGUGAAGGUGACCUCUCCCGACAUCUCAGCUUAUUAGGCUUACCUGUUAACCAUGUUCAGACACCAUUUGAUGAAUUUGACUUUGCUGUUACAAACCUUGCUGUAGACUUGCAGUGCGGGGUGCGUCUUGUGCGAGCUUUAGAACUUCUUACUCAGAACUGGACUCUCUCCAAGAAACUGAGGGUACCAGCCAUCAGUCGGCUUCAGAAGAUGCACAACAUUGACAUUGCUCUACAUGCCCUGCAGUCACGUGGUGUCAACUUGAGUGAUGAGCGUGGAAAUACAAUCCUCGCUAAGGAUAUUGUGGAUAGGCACAGAGAAAAAACUCUUGCAUUGCUUUGGAAAAUAGCAUUUGCUUUUCAGGUGAAUAUUGCCCUUAACACAGAGCAGUUAAAGGAAGAAAUUGACUUUUUAAAACACACACACAGUAUAAAGAAAGCAAUAUCUGCACUGUCAUGUCAUUCCAAUGCUGUUAUUAAUAAUAAAAAAGAGAAAAAUAAUAGUUCAUUUGAACACUAUAGUGAAAACAUAAAGCUGUUAAUGGAUUGGGUGAAUGCAGUUUGUGCCUUCUAUAAUAAAAAGGUGGAAAACUUUACAGUGUCUUUCUCUGAUGGCCGUGUGUUAUGUUACCUCAUUCACCAUUAUCAUCCUUGCUAUGUACCUUUUGAUGCCAUAUGUCAGAAUACUACUCAAACCGUGGAAUGUUCACAGACUGGCUUAGUGGUAUUAAACUCAUCCUCAGAAUCUGAUGGAAGUUCUCUGGAUAUGUCCCUUAAAACACUUGAUGAUGAAAAGACCUCAGAACUUUGCAAACACCUGCUAGAGAAUGAAAAGAAAAACUUUCAGUUAAUUAGGUCUGCAGUUAGAGACCUUGGUGGAAUUCCUGCUAUGAUUCAUCAUUCUGACAUGUCAAAUACAAUUCCCGAUGAAAAGGUGGUUAUUACCUAUUUGUCAUUCCUUUGUGCAAGACUUUUGGAUCUUCGUAAAGAAACAAGAGCUGCUCGACUUAUACAGACAGCCUGGAGGAAAUAUAAAUUGAAAAAAGAUCUGAAACAACAUCAGGAGAGAGAGAAAGCAGCAAGAAUUAUUCAAUCAGCUGUAAUCAAAUUUCUAACUAAACAACGAUUGAAAAAGAUGGGUAAUGCAGCACUAACCAUUCAGAAACAUUGGCGAAAAUAUGUAGCACAGAGAAAAUUAUUGAUGUUGAAAAAGGCAAAGCUAGAAAAAGUUCAGAAUAAAUCAGCAUCAGUAAUUCAGAGUCAUUGGAGAAGAUAUUCUGCUAGAAAGAAGUUUCUGAAAUUGAGAUACUAUUCGAUUCUUCUUCAGUCUAGGAUAAGAAUGAAAAUUGCUAUUAAUUCUUAUAAACAGUAUCUAUGGGCCACCAUUACAAUUCAAAGGUAUUGGCGUGCUUGUUUAAGAAGAAACCUUGAUCAACAGAAAUAUAAAACGCUAAAAGCUUCAGCAAUUUUAAUUCAAUGUAUGUUCAGAAGAUGGAAACAACAUAAAAUGCAAUUAAAAAUCAAAGCUGCAACAACAUUGCAGCGAGCUUUUAGAGAAUGGAGUGCCAGGAAAAGAGCUCAAGAAAAGUCUGCUAUUGUCAUCCAGUCAUGGUAUAGAAUGCACAAAGAAUUACAGAGAUAUAAUCAUAUCAGAGCUUGUGUUGUCAUCAUCCAGGCAAGAUUUCGAUGCUUUCAAGCCCAAAAGUUAUAUAAAAGGAAAAAGGAGUCUAUACUGAUUAUUCAGAGGUUCUACAAAGCCUCUCUACUGGGGAAGAUGGAGCGAGCCAACUAUUUGCAGAAAAGGGCUGCAGCCAUUCAGUUGCAGACUGCAUUCAGGAGAAUGAAAGCACGUGCCCUAUACAGGCAGGUUAAGGCCGCCUAUACCUUACAGUCCUAUUGGAGAAUGAGGCAAGACAGAGUUCGGUUUCUCAACCUUAAGAAAAUUGUCAUCCAAUUGCAGGCACACAUAAGAAUGCAGCAGCAGUUCCAGAAGUACAAGAAAAUGAAACGUGCUGCCCUGGUAAUUCAGCUUUAUUUUAGGGCUUACGUUUCCACCAAGAAAGCUCAAGUAUCUUACCAGAAAACUCGAUCUGCUGCCAUUGUGCUACAGUCUGCAUUUAGAGGAUUGCAAGCCAGGAAAAAGUUUUUGUACAUCCUCACAUGUAUUACAAAAAUCCAGUCAUCUUAUCGAGCUCAUUAUUCCAGAAAAAAGUUCCUGAGCCUUAAAAAGGUCACCAUAAAAUUGCAAUCAGUUGUCAGAAUGAAGCAAACUCGUAGACGUUAUUUGCAUUUAAGAGAAGCUGUUCUGUUUGUCCAGCGAUGGUAUCGCUCCACCAAAGCAGCUGCUCGCCAGAGAGAAGAAUAUAUGCAGGUGCAGAAAUCUUGUGUCAAGCUGCAAGCUUUGUUUAGGGGAUACCUGGUUCGAAAGCAGAUGAGAUUGCAAAGAAAAGCUGCAAUUUCACUCCAGUCUUACUUCCGAAUGAGAAAGAUGCAGCAGCGCUACCUCAAGAUUUAUAAAGCAACUGUUGUCAUUCAGAAUUACUAUCGUGCACACAAAGCCCAGGUGAAUCAAAGGAAGUAUUUCUUGCAAAUCACAAGAGCAGUUAUUUGCUUGCAGGCAGCCUACAGAGGCUAUCGAGUGCGCCAGCUAAUCAAACAUCAGUCUGUGGCAGCUCUUACUAUUCAGACUGCUUUUAGAGGCUAUAGUAAAAGAGUGAAAUAUCAGUCUCUGCGUCAGAGCAUCAUCAAGAUUCAGAGAUGGUUCAGGGCUUACAAGACUGCUCAAGAGAUAAAAGCACGAUUUUUAAAGGCAAGGACAGCUGCGAUUUCACUCCAGUCUGCUUAUCGUGGCUGGAAAGUUCGGAAGCAGAUCAGCAGAGAGCAUCAAGCCGCAGUAAAGAUUCAGUCUGCCUUUAAAAUGGUCCAGGCCCGGAAAAGGUACAGUUUGUUAAGAACAGCAGCAUUGAUCCUCCAGCAGCACCUGCGAGCCUGGACUGCAGGAAAGAAGCAGCGUCUGGCGUAUGUUGCCCUCCGCCACACAGUUCUCAUACUCCAGGCCACUUGGAGAGGAAAAAGAGUUAGAAGAGAGAUUCAAAGGCAGCGUGAGUGUGCAGUCAUCAUACAGUCCCACUACAGAAUGUAUGUGCAACAGAAGAAAUGGAAAAGCAUGACAAGAGCUGUUCGUUUGAUCCAAGUGUACUAUCGGACUUACUGCAUUGGAAAAAAGCAGCAGCACUUGUAUUUGAAAACCAAAGCAGCUACAGUAAUUCUGCAGUCAGCUUAUCGAAGGAUGAAAGUAAGAAAAACACUGAAGGAGUGGAACAAAGCGGCAGUUGUCAUACAGGCGAGAUACAGAGCUCAUAGAGCCAGAAAUAAAUAUGCUACCUACCGAGCUUCUGCUAUUAUAAUUCAGAGAUGGUACAGGGGUAUCAAAAUGGUAGAUCGUCAGCAUGCAGAAUACCUUACCUUGAAGAGAACAGCCACUAAAAUACAAGCUGUUUAUCGAGGUUUUAGAGUAAGGAGACAAAUUCAGCAUAUGCAUAUGGCAGCUACUAUUAUUAAGGCCAUGUUUAAAAUGUAUCAGUGUAAAAUAAGGUACCAGAAAAUGAGAACAGCAGUCAUUGUAAUUCAAGCAAGAUACAGAGCCUACUCUCAAGGUAAAACCCAACGUGCAAAGUACUUGUCAGUUUUGAAAGCUGUUAGUGUUCUUCAGGCAAGUUUUAGAGGAACAAGAGUUAGACAGACUGUAAGGAAGAUGCAGGUUGCAGCCAUCCUCAUUCAGUCAAAUUACAGAAGAUACAGGCAGCAAACAUGUUUUAACAAUUUGAAGAAGGCAACGAAAACUGUACAGCAAAGGUACCGUGCAGUCAAGGAAAGAAAUAGACAGUAUCAAAGAUACAACAAAUUGAGGUAUUCUGUGAUACUCAUUCAGGCUACUUAUAGGGGCAUGAAAGUCAGAAGACAUUUGAAAGCUAUGCAUAUUGCUGCUGCUCUUAUUCAGAGGAGUUUUAGAACUCAUAUGAUUAGGAGGAGAUUCCUGUCUUUCCGAAAAACUGUUAUUUGGGUUCAGAGGAAAUACCGUGCCAAUGCCUGUGCAAGGUACCACAAGCAGCAAUUCUUACAGUUGCGAAGGGCAGCCAUGAAAGUCCAAUCAUGGUACAGGGGCUGGGUGGUUCGGAAAAAGGUGCAAGAGAUGUCCAGGGCUGCCAGCCUGAUCCAGGCUGCUUUCCGGAAACACACAGCCUGUAGACGAUACUGGGCCCUGCAGCAUGCCUCAGUGGUGGUCCAGCAGCGAUUCCGAGCAAACAGGGCUGCAAAAUUAGAGCGACAUCAUUACCUCCAACAGAGACAUUCUGCUCUGAUACUUCAGUCUAGAUUUAGGGGUAUGCGGACUAGAAGACUUUUAAAAAACCUGCAUUCCUCUGCAACCCUCAUUCAGACCAGGUUUAGAUCUUUAAUGAUAAGGAAAAGGUUCAUUUCCCUCAAGAAAGUGGCCAUUUUUAUUCAGAGGAAAUAUCGAGCCACUCUUUGUGCACGACAUCACCGGCACCAGUUCUUGGAGUUACGAAAGGCGGUGAUUAGAAUCCAGUCAUUCUACCGAAGGUGGCACGUGAGGAAGAUGAUACAGAGGGAGCACAGGGCUGCCCUUCUCAUCCAGGCUGUCUUCAGAAUGCACAGAACGUAUGUGACAUUUCAGACCUGGAGACAUGCUUCCAUUAUAAUUCAGAGGCGUUACCGAGCCUAUCGAGCCUCCAAACUGCAAAGGCAAAAUGAUUUCAGGCAGUGGCAUUCUGCUUUGGUCAUUCAGGCUGCUUAUAAGGGAAUGAGAACAAGACAGCUGUGGAGAGAGAAGCACAGAGCUGCUGUCAUUAUCCAGAGCACUUAUAGGAUGUAUCGACAGUAUUCUUACUACCAAGAUGUUCAGUGGGCUGUAAAGGUUAUUCAGAAAAAUUACAGAGCACAUCAGAAACAGAAAGCACUUCAAUACAACGAACUCGAGAAAGCGACAACCUGUGCUCAGAGACAUCAAGCUGCUUGUUUGAUUCAAGCAUAUUUCAGAGGUUAUCAAGAAAGGCAGGUGUUUCUUCGGCAGAAAAAUGCUGCUUUGACCAUCCAAAGAUAUGUCCGAGCUAGGGAGGCUGGGAAAUUGGAAAGAAUAAACUACAUCAAACUGAAACAGGCCCACAGUCGUUCUGCAGGCAUUUGUCGUGGUUGGUUAGUAAGAAAAAAAGUAAAUUUUAGAACAGCAAACAAAAUUAGGCUUCUUCACUUUACGGCCAAUGCAUUUUAUCAUUUGUCUGCUUUGAAAAUUCAAAGAGCAUAUAAACUUCACCUGGCUCUACAGAAUGCGAAGAAGCAGAUCAAUUCAGUCAUAUGUUAAAAGAGGUGGUUUCGAGCAAGAUUACAGCAAAAGCGGCUUAUUGAGAAAUACCGUAACAUAAUGAAGAGUCAGCAGGAACUUCAAGAACACCUGAGAAAGCAGAAUUGGGCUGCAUCAGUCAUACAGAAAGUGGUUCGCCGUUUUCUCUUACGGAAAAAACAGGAAAGAAUUAAUAAUGGAAUCAAGAAAAUUCAGGCAUUAUGGAGAGGAUAUGCUUUGCGAAAGAAGAACAAUUGUAAAAAAAUCACGGCUAUCCGUCUAAGUCUCCAGGCUGUUAAUAGAGAGAUUCAAGAGGAAAACAAGCUCUACAGAAGAACCGCACGUGCACUUCAUUGUCUCCUGACGUACAAGCACAUUUCCGCUAUUCUCGAAGCCUUAAAGCAGCUUGAGGUAGUUACAAGAUUGUCGCCCCUGUGUUGUGAGAACACUGCCCAGAGUGGAGACAAUUUCUAAAUAUUCGUUCUGAUCUGGAGCUGUAACCGCAGUGUGCCCUGCAUGGAAGUCAUCAGAGUCGCUGUCCAGGUCUUGCUCAACGUCGCAAAGUAUGAGAAAACCAAUGCCGCUAUCUAUGCCGCCGAGAACUGUGUGGAGACACUCUUGGAGCUCCUGCAGGUGUACAGAGAAAAGCCAGGGAACAAGGCUAUCAGCCAGGGCGGGAGCAUUUUCACCAAGACCUGCUGUCUGCUGGCUGUACUGCUCAAGACCACACCCCGGGCCUCCGAUGUUCGAAGUAGACCCAAAGUUGUCGAUCGGAUUUACAGUCUUUAUAAGCUUACAGCUUAUAAGCAUAAAAUGAACAUGGAAAGAGUACGUAGCAAGCAAACGAAUUUGUCUUUAAACAUGUCUUUUACUCCAGAAACACCUGUAAGAACCAGAAUAGUUUCAAGACUUAAACCUUCCUGGGUUUUGAGAAAAGAUAAAGUGGAAGAAAUUACAAACCCUCUGCAAGCUAUUCAAAUGGUGAUGGAUACACUUGGCCUUCCAUAUCAAUAAAUGUAAACCUUUUUGAUAUGUAUAGUAAAAGGGGACUUUCAGAUCAAUCAUGAAUAUGUAACAUGUUUAGAUUAUCUUUGUAAAGCUUUGAAAAUCUGAUUUUAUAUAAAAAUUGUAAAUAUUUGUGUAACAGAAAUUGUUUAUAUUCUUUGUUUUUUACUGACUUUAUUUGUGCAAUGUCAGUUAGUCAUAAAUAAUUGUAACUGUCACUCCUGUCUAUCACCUUUAAAUAUACUUGUUUGAAAUUGAUCAUCUCUUUUUAUGCUUUCAUUCCACCUUCCUCCCCCUCCCCUUCACUGUUGUUGGUCACGGGGUUGUGAAAUAACAGCUUUGCCUCCCUUGGCCUUGGUGCUCCCACAUCUU